CACAUGCGCAUUGGCGUUUUAUUGCUCCAGCCAUGCAGCGCACACUCGCUCUUGCUUCUCUCCGCCACUUUGCACUUCGGAAAAAACUUUGCUCUCUGUCUAUCCGACAAACUGCAGCCAUGUCUACACUUCUGAUCAAUCAGCCGAAGUAUUCCUGGCUGAAAGAACUAGGUCUAAGCGAAGAAAACCCUGGUGUUUAUAACGGCACGUGGGGAGGUAAAGGAGAGGUGGUCACAUCAUACUGUCCUGCCAACAACGAGCCCAUCGCCAGAGUCCGACAGGCUACCCUUGCGGAAUAUGAAGAAACUGUACAAAAGGCACGAGAGGCAUGGAAACUUUGGGCAGAUAUCCCUGCUCCAAAAAGAGGGGAGAUUGUAAGACAGAUCGGCGAUGCUUUGAGGAAAAAGAUCAAAGUUCUCGGCAGCUUGGUAUCUCUGGAGAUGGGGAAGAUCUACGUGGAGGGUGUGGGUGAGGUGCAAGAGUAUGUGGACGUGUGCGACUACGCUGUCGGACUUUCCCGUAUGAUUGGCGGUCCAGUUUUGCCUUCUGAAAGACCAGGCCAUGCCCUGAUUGAGCAGUGGAACCCUGUGGGUCUGGUGGGCAUCAUCACGGCCUUUAACUUCCCUGUAGCGGUGUAUGGCUGGAACAAUGCUAUUGCUCUGAUCUGUGGCAACGUCUGCCUCUGGAAAGGAGCCCCAACCACACCUCUGACCAGUGUGGCAGUGACUAGAAUUGUGGCUGAGGUGUUGGAGCAGAAUAACCUACCUGGUGCUAUCUGCUCUAUGACGUGUGGAGGAGCUGACAUUGGCACAGCACUUGCUAAAGAUGAGAGAGUGGACCUCGUGUCUUUCACCGGCAGCACUCACGUGGGCAAACAAGUGGCACUGAUGGUGCAGGAGCGCUUUGGUCGACAGUUGCUGGAGCUGGGAGGGAACAAUGCCAUCAUCGUGUUUGAGGAUGCUGACCUUAACAUGGUAGUACCUUCAGCUCUCUUUGCCUCUGUGGGAACUGCAGGGCAGCGCUGUACCACUACCAGGAGACUGAUGCUGCAUGAGAGUGUCCAUGACGAGGUUGUGGAGAGGUUAAUCAAGGCUUACAAGCAAGUCCGCAUUGGCGACCCCUGGGACCCUAGUACGCUGUACGGUCCCCUGCACACAAAACAAGCUGUGGACCAGUACCUGGCAGCCAUAGAGCAGGCCAAGAAGCAGGGUGGCACUCUGGUUUGUGGCGGAAAGGUCAUGGACCGCCCUGGUAACUAUGUGGAGCCUACCAUCUUCACUGGUCUGGCACAUGAUGCCCCUAUCGUUCACACAGAAACAUUUGUGCCAAUUCUUUAUGUGAUCAAAUUCAAGACGGAAGAGGAGGCAUUCGCCUGGAAUAAUGAAGUUAAGCAGGGUCUCUCCAGCAGCAUCUUCACUAAAGACAUGGGCAGAGUGUUCCGCUGGCUCGGACCUAAAGGCUCAGACUGUGGCAUUGUGAACGUCAACAUUCCAACCAGUGGUGCUGAGAUCGGAGGAGCCUUCGGAGGAGAAAAGCACACAGGAGGCGGACGCGAGUCAGGCAGCGACUCAUGGAAGCAGUAUAUGAGGAGGUCAACAUGCACCAUCAACUACAGCAAGGACCUCCCACUGGCACAAGGAAUCAAGUUCGAGUGAAUUGUUACUACAUAAUAUCCGAAACACAAAAAAAGUUAAACCGACUCAUUACACUUAAGUUUUUCCAGAGAAAACAGGUUUGAUUCCAAACUAUCAAAUGGUAAUCUGCAUUAGCAGAUUAGCAUUAGCAUUAACUAGACAAACGGUUAGUUUUAUUUCUUUGUUUAAAUUUGUUGAGUUAAAUUUGGGUUAGUUUGGAAAUACAUCGUCCCAGUAUUGUAAAAAAAAAAAACACUUGAUAGUAAUAUAGCAUCCUGUUUAAUGGCUCGUCCUCACCGAUGUAACCUUGAGGUGCUUUGUACAAUUAAAUCAUGCCUUUAUUUUCAA